UAAAGAAAAAGAUGAAAGAGUGAAGGCUGUCCUUUUCCUUGUAAUCUGUUUUCAUCAACAAAUAUGACUGAAGAGGAAAUUACGCCGGGAUUGAUAGGUCUGAACUUAAAUAUUAUCCAUGCUCUAGAUAUGCAUAUGAUUGAGGAUGCAAAGCAUAAUAUCUACAAAUUGAUUGAAAAAGAGCAUUCCACUCUAAUGAAUGUUCACAAAAACAUGGUUGCAUUAUUCAAAAUGAAAAUUCCAAGAGAAAGACGAGAGGCUAGACUUGAGUUAGAACAAAUAGUAGAAGAGUUCCCGGAUCAUCUUAAUGCUUUGGCUGAUUUAGAGCACAUCUAUAGAGAAUUACACAGAAUAACAGACGCCGAAAAAUGUCGUAAAACUAUUGAACGCAAUCUAAAUGGAAAAACGCUGAAUUCUCUACAAAAUCAGAGAAUGUGUUUGCUUGAGCAAGGGUAUGCAAUUUUAAUUGAGCGAACAUUGAUCAAUGAAAGGACAGUUGAACUGAGAAUUACGGACUUGCAUAAGAUGCUGAAUACUGAGUACGAAAGAAGCGAAGGUAAGAGGAGAGAAUGUUUAGAACGCAGUCUUCACCAUCAAAUGCAAGUUUUACGAAAUGUACAAAACGCAAAUGAAGAUGAGAAAGUAGAUGGCCAUAUACUCCGGAAGGGUUCUAGUCUCCAAAAAUUUCAAAUGGCGGAUGAAUUAUCAACAAAUCCCUUACCCCACGUAGUUUGGAUUUUUUACUUUGCAAAAGCAUUAAAUCAAUAUUAUGACUCUUUAGAAUAUAUUUCUAAAUUAAAAGAUGGUAUGAAAGAUGAGAUGAGGUCAGUAACAUUAAAGGCCAUAGAUAAAUUUUGGUUCAUAACCCAACAACCUGUCCAGGAAGACAUGGAAACGUUUGUAGCAAGAUCAUAUGCAUACAUAGGACAAAUAUUAAUGAAACGGAAGAGUCUCAUUAAUUCAUAUUCUACUGUUCCUGAAUUGCUGAAAAUUCCUGAACUCCAAAAGAUAUUGAACGAUCCUCUUCAAGCCUCCAAAAAAGCAUAUGAACUAAAGCCUGAUGAUGUAACAGUACUUAAUAGAUAUGGCAGAACCCUAUGGAACUGUGUUCUCCAAACGGACAGCAUGGAAAAUAAACUUCUACAACUUUAUAAAUCUGAGGAAAUUCUUUCUGUAUCUAUCGACAAAGAUGCACAAAGAAACUGGUUUGCCUAUUCUUCAAGAAUGAUUGUGAGAAAAGAUAUUGCUAGCUUUGAAAAGGAAGAGAGAAUUGUCGAAGAAUACUUAAAGAAAGCAAAAUCAGAUGGACAUACCUGCUUCAAAUCGAAAACCACACGAAAAGAUAUGACUGUACUGGCAGAAGUGUGUCAGAAACUAGCAAAGUUUCCCAAUACAAACGAGUGUGGUCCUGAGUUUGUACGCGAUCCUGAUUAUUUACACCAAUCGUUAGACUAUCUGUUUUAUUCUACAUACUUAGGCGAUCCGCCAGAAUAUCACUGGACUCAAAGAACAGCCUCAUGUCUCUUUGAUCUUGGCGAGUAUGAUCAAGCUAUUGAAUGGCAGAGAAAAGCCUGGUUUCUCUCCAAAAUAACUUUUUCGUACGCUUUUGAUACGUUGUGUAUAUAUAUGCUUACCAUUUUUGAGAGAAAAACUUUAUCGGAGAAACUUGAUCAUCCCAUUUUCAGAGAAUUUUUAUAUAUUUUGAUAUAUGGUGAAAAUAAGUACAAGGAUAUAACAAGAAAUCUUGAAGGAUUAUACAAAAAAAGGAAAACAGAAAUGCAUCAGUUUUUAAAAGAAGUUAUGAAACUUGACCCAAUAAGAACAGACGAGAAAAGAAUACUUCAAAAAUGUUUGGACGUUUUCAUUACAUUAUCGAAUAAUCAAAGUAAUCUCAGUCGUGAAUUUAUGCAGCUGAAGUCAAAACUUCAAGAAAUUGUUCCUGAAAAAGAAAUGGAGUUUGUAUUGUCCGAAAUAUUUAAGAACCCAUCUGUAAAGCCACUUGAGACUGGAUCGAAAGCCUUAUCAUCGUCUUUCAAGUAUGAUUUCUUUGUAUCUCAUAGCCAUUUAGAUGGUAGUUGGGUUGACAACAUUCUUCUCCGAAAUUUAGAGAGCAAGUUUGAUGAGAGCGACGUUGCUUUUAGAGGUUGCAUUGCUGAUAGGGAUUUUACACCUGGCAUUUCUGUCCUAAACAAUAUUUUAGAGGCCAUUCGUGAAAGUAAUAAGGUUAUUCUCGUGAUAUCUAAAAGUUUUGUGUCCAGUAACUGGUGCCAGUAUGAAGCAGAUCAAGCAGUCAUUCGAUCUCUGAAAUCUAAAGCUGACAACUGCGUUAUUCCAGUUCUCUUAGAAGAUUGCGAAAUACCAGAUAAAAUUGCAAAUUUGAAUUAUGUAAAUUUAUCAACAGAGACCGAUUUCAGAAGAGAGGUUGGACGAUUGAAAUUGGCCUUACUGCCAGACGACAAGUAGAUAAUACUACCAGACAACAAGUAGAUAACAUUUAGACGUUUAGUACAUCUGU